AUGGCUCCUUGGACACACCUGCUUAGAUUCCUCGCAGAGGAAGACGGCCAGGUGCAUCUGGGUCAGGUUGAUUCCAAGAAGUGGCCCGAUGUCGGACUAGCAAUAUACAAUGGCGAAAGGGUCGAUGUCAAGCUGGUAACCGGGUCAGUCUUUGACGGUGUCGUGACGAAUACCACGAUGCACAUAUCAAAGCUCCUACCUCCCCUGGAGAUAUCUGAAGUGCCAAUCAUCCGCUGCUUAGGCUUAAAUUAUUACGAAGCUGCAAAGGAAGCAAAGGCACCUGUACCUGAAGUCCCCGUCUUGUUCGUCAGACCACGUACUGCGCUCAAUGGACCAUAUCCAGCUGCAAUCAACAUUCCGAAAAUUGCACAGGAUGGAACGAGCGACUAUGAGGCGGAGCUGAGCAUAGUGUUGUCAAAGACUGGUCGGGACAUAUCGGAAGACGAGGCAAUGGAUUAUGUGCUGGGGUACUCGUGUAGCAACGAUGUCAGCGCUCGCACACAGCAGUUCAAGAACAGCCAGUGGUCGUUCUCGAAAGGCCUCGACGGCUCUUGUCCUAUCGGCCCCAUCCUCGUCGCCCCUUCUGUGAUAGAGGAUCCGCAUAAUCUGAAGAUUCGAGCAAUCUACAACGAUGGUGUCGUGCAAGAUGCCAAUACGCAGGACAUGAUCCAUAAGAUCCCAAAGACCAUUGCUUUCCUAUCGCAAGGUACUACGCUGGAACGAGGCACCAUUAUCAUGACUGGUACUGGUCCUGGCGUCGGCCUGUUCCGCAAUCCCAAGGUGGUGCUCAAUCACGGCGACGACAUACGGGUGGAAAUCGAAAAGAUCGGCACCCUUAUCAACAAAGUACAUUACGAACAAGAAUAG